GAGCCGCGGGCAGGAGGGCUGACGGACCGACCGACGGGAGGGACAGGAGCCGAGCAAGAUGGUGCAGACUCAGGGCACCAGGAGGAAAGUCUGUUACUACUACGACGGUGAUGUUGGGAAUUACUACUAUGGACAAGGCCAUCCAAUGAAGCCUCACCGAAUCCGCAUGACUCACAACUUGCUGCUCAACUAUGGUCUCUACCGGAAAAUGGAAAUCUAUCGCCCUCACAAAGCCAAUGCAGAGGAGAUGACCAAGUACCACAGCGAAGACUACAUAAAGUUCUUGUGUUCCAUUCGUCCAGAUAACAUGUCCGAGUACAGCAAGCAGAUGCAGCGAUCAAGAGCUGUGAAACUUAAUAAGCAGCAGACGGACAUCGCUGUGAAUUGGGCUGGGGGCCUGCACCAUGCAAAGAAGUCCGAGGCAUCUGGCUUCUGUUACGUCAAUGAUAUCGUCUUGGCCAUCCUGGAACUGCUAAAGUAUCACCAGAGGGUGCUGUAUAUUGACAUUGAUAUCCACCACAGCGAUGGCGUGGAAGAGGCCUUCUAUACCACAGACCGGAUCAUGACCGUGUCCUUUCAUAAGUAUGGAGAGUACUUCCCAGGGACUGGGGACCUACGGGAUAUUGGGGCUGGCAGAGGCAGAUAUUAUGCUGUUAACUACCCGCUCCGAGAUGGGAUUGACGACGAGUCCUAUGAGGCCAUUUUCAAGCUGGUCAUGUCCAAAGUGAUGGAGAUGUUCCAGCCUAGCGCCGUGGUCUUACAGUGUGGUUCAGACACCCUGUCUGGGGAUCGGCUGGGUUGCUUCAAUCUGACCAUCAAAGGGCACGCCAAGUGUGUGGACUUUGUCAAGAGCUUCAACCUGCCCAUGCUGAUGCUGGGAGGAGGUGGUUACACCAUCCGCAAUGUCGCCCGGUGCUGGACAUACGAAACUGCUGUGGCCCUGGACACAGAGAUCCCUAAUGAGCUUCCAUACAAUGACUACUUCGAAUACUUUGGGCCAGAUUUUAAGCUUCACAUCAGUCCUUCCAAUAUGACGAACCAGAACACUAAUGAGUAUCUGGAAAAGAUCAAACAGCGGCUGUUCGAGAACCUGAGGAUGCUGCCGCCCGCACCUGGGGUCCAAAUGCAGGCGAUUCCUGAGGGUGCCAUCCCGGAGGAGAGUGGCGGUGAGGAUGAAGAGGACCCUGACAAGCGCAUCUCGAUCUGUCCCUCUGACAAACGAAUUGCCUGUGAGGAGGAGUUUUCUGACUCCGAAGAGGAGGGAGAGGGCGGGCGCAAGAAUUCUUCCAACUUCAAGAAAGCCAAGAGAGUCAAAACAGAAGAUGAAAAAGAGAAAGAUGCCGAAGAGAAGAAAGAAGUCGCAGAAGAGGAGAAAACGCAGGAGGGGAAGCCAGAAGCCAAAGGGGUCAAAGAGGAGGUCAAGCUGGCCUGAGCAGACGUCUCCAGA